AUGGCGGCCCGGCUGUGCCGGCUGCUGGGGCCCCUCAGGGCCGCCUUCAGCAGCGCCGCGGCCGCGGGAGCCGGGCAGGCCCCGCCGGCGGCGCCGCUGACGGAGCGGCGGCAGGCGGGGGGCGUGCGCACCAUCGUCCUGAACAACCCGCGGCGGCGGAACGCGCUGUCGCUGCCCAUGCUGCAGAGCCUGCGGCGGGACCUGUUGCACGACGUCAAGAGCCGGGAGCUCCGCGUCAUCGUCAUCGCGGCUGAAGGACCUGUAUUUUGUUCUGGCCAUGAUUUAAAGGAACUGUCAAGUGAAGAUGAUGUGAAACAUCAUUCCCAAGUAUUUGAAUUAUGUGCAGAGGUUAUGACUUUAAUCCAGAAACUUCCAGUGCCAGUGAUAGCCAAAGUAAACGGCUUGGCUACAGCAGCCGGCUGCCAGCUCGUGGCAAGCUGUGACAUCGCAGUGGCAAGUGAGAAAUCUCAGUUUGCUACUCCUGGAGUAAACAUUGGGCUGUUCUGCUCCACACCAGGUGUGGCCUUGGGCAGAUCUCUUCCAAGAAAGGUGGCGCUGGAGAUGCUUUUCACGGGUGAACCUCUCUCUGCCCAUGAAGCGUUAAUGCACGGGCUUGUCAGCAAGGUGGUACCAGAAGACAAGCUGGAAGAAGAGACCAUGAAAAUAUCUCAGAAGAUAUGUGACAGCAGCAAAUCUGUCCUGGCCUUGGGGAAAGCCACCUUUUACAGGCAGAUAACCCAGGACCUUGACACUGCUUACAAAAUAACUACUAAGGUCAUGGUAGAUAAUUUGACUUUGAGAGAUGGGCAGGAAGGCAUUGAAGCCUUUGUUCAGAAGCGUAAGCCUGUCUGGACACACUCUCAGGAGGAGAAGAAAUGAGUCCUGUCUCUGAACAAAUCUUAGCUGUGCCUUAUGAUUCUUCAUACAGUUGCCUUUGGGAACUAUAUUUUUAUUCUUACUGAAAGUUAAAUUUCUCUUCUUACAAAUGCCAGACACAAUAAAUUUACUCUAAGUAUGUAAUAAAUGUUAAGAAA